UUUUGCGGUCAAAAUGGUGGAGGAACUCUUGGUGGUAAAGGAGGCCAAAAUCAGUAGGAACCUCACGAAGUCCCUGCUGGCAGUUGCUUUUCUGGCUUCGUUCGGCAGCUCCAUGCUCUAUGGAUUUAAUCUUGCUGUGGUCAACUCUCCCGCGCAGUAUAUCAAAGACUUCUACAAUGAAACUCUUCAAGAAAAGUAUGGCUGGAUUCCAGAUGAGCGGUAUAUCACAAUCUUAUACUCCCUUACUGUGUCUAUCUUUGCCAUUGGUGGGAUGCUCGGAGCUCUGUUAGUGGGAAAACUAGUAACCAAGUAUGGGAGGAAGGGGACGCUGGUGAGAUCAACUGUCCUCGUGUUUGUUGGAGGAGGUCUCAUGGGCCUUAGCAGAGCAUGGAGGGAGCCAUCCAUGGUCGUCAUUGGACGCUUCAUUGUUGGAGUACACUCGGGUAUCUCUCUCAGUGUGGUUCCUAUGUACCUUGGUGAGAUUGCCCCCAAGAAUCUACGAGGUUUUCUUGGUCUGAUUCCGAGCAUCCAUAUUUGCCUCGGAGUCUUCAUUGCUCAGGUCCUGGGGCUUAAAGAGCUGAUGGGAAAGGAACAGCACUGGCCUCUGCUCAUGUCCCUGAUAGUAUUUCCAACCCUGGUCCAGCUGAUGCUGUUACCAUGGUUUCCUGAGAGCCCACGUUAUCUGUUGAUAGAAAAGGGCAAUGUUCACGCCACCAUUGCAGCCCUCAAGUGGUUCCGUGCUAAAGGCAACAUCCAGUUGGAGGUGGAGGAGAUGCAAGAGGAACAACGUUCUUUGUCCUCCAUCCAGACUGUAUCCGUAUGUGGACUCCUUAUGGACCACUGUGUUCGCUGGCAAGUCAUCACCAUUGUAGUGGUCAACAUCGGCAUGCAGCUGUCUGGCAUUGAUGCGAUAUGGUUCUACACAAAUGAUAUAUUUAAGAAUGCCGGAAUUCCAGAACCCCAUAUUCAGUAUACCACAGUGGGAACUGGAGCCAUUGAGGUCAUCUCUGGAAUGCUUGGGUGUAUUGCAAUUGAACGUGUAGGUCGGAGACCUCUGAUGAUUGGCGGUUACAUCUUCAUGAGCCUGUGCUGUGCUGGGAUCACCGUGUCUUUCUUCUUGCAGGAGCAUCUGUCCUUCAUGCGCUACCUCAGCGUUGGCUGCGUUGUUGGGAUUAUUGCUGGUUUCUGUAUUGGUCCAGCCGGCGUGCCCUUUCUGAUCACAGCGGAGCUCUUCAAGCAGUCACACCGACCAUCAGCGUACACCUUGGGCGGCUGUCUCAACUGGUUGUCUAACUUCACCAUCGGCUUUGUUUUUCCCUUCCUUGAGCAAGCUACUGGUCCUUACUGUUACCUCAUCUUCUGCGCCAUCUGCCUUGGAGUGGCCAUCUACACCAUCUUCAUCAUUCCUGAAACCAGGAACAAAACCUUCAUGGAGAUCAGUCAGAUGUUUGCCUCCAAGAACAACAUCCUAGAAGAGGAGUUGACAUCCAACGGGCACUUGAAAAUGUCUCUGAUGAACGGUUAUGGGACGCUGGGCCAUCACAAUAUAAAGUAAGAGGUGAAGGAAUAAUGUAUACUGUUAAGACAAAGACACUACUGUAUGGUCUCACCUCAUGUAGAGGUCGUUAUGAGAAACUUGUUUUUAGUGUGAUUUCAAGGUCACAAGACAUGUCUUUCUAAUGAAUUGUCCAAAGCAUCUUAAUCGCUUUCAAAGAUCCAUUUUUUCCAGGAAUUUGUUCCUGAGUCCCAACUUCACAUGUAGGCAAACUUUAGACGACCCUUUACGAAUGUUUAUAUUCUGCGUGUGUAAACACAUCAGAGGGAAAUGACCACUGAAUCAGAAUCACAACGCACUUUGAGUGUUUUGUCCAAACCUUUCUUUUUCUUUUCUUUUACUGCAAAUGUGAUGGUCUCUUUUUACUUAAAGGUAGAUCUUGCCGUUUUCAAACUGCUUGCUAGAUUUAAAUAUUGAAUUGCUUUCCCUCCUCACCCUAUAACAUCCCUGCCCUUGCCUGGUAUACCAGACUCACCGCUGUUCCAGCGAUUGAGUCUGGCGACCGUCCGGCGGAUCAAAUUCCGAGGGCGGAGCAAGCCACAACAAACAGAAAGCGGAGUGGACCAAUCAGCGACGGGCAGACGUGACGUUGUUAAAGCGACAAGUAAUUAGCGUAAGCAGAGAAUGGAGAAGUUUAUUCAACAUGGCGCGAGCCUUGUCAAUGACUUGUGUCGAUGUGGUUUUGGUAAUUUAAAACUGGUUUUACUGCGGAUUGGAACAUAUUCUCGGCUCUCCCGUUCGCCAUCUGUGUUGUUGUAGAGACGACUUUCGGCGCGGAAGACUGACGUUACUCGUUAAGAACACGUCACGCAAAUAAACUAAUCUGAUUGGACGAUUCAUUUUGUACUUGCUCGAGAAGCUGUUAAUGUGCUGGGUCCCAGACUAUUUCUCACAGUGUUUGAAAAAUACAGGGAAAAUAGUCUGGCGGUGCCAGGUAAUCCCUGCCCAUUACAAAGAUGAAUAUGUUAACCCUUGAUUUUAAGUGGAGAGUUGUCCUAUUUCUUAUUUUUAACCUUUGUUGUUAACUGGAGUUUAAUAAUCCGUCUAGUAAUUAUAAUUAACUUCUCUUGCGCAAGGUUGCUGUGUCCCCAUGAGCCUCCGUAAGCACCAAGGUGAGCGUGAGCAAAACAUUGACAAAACUAUUCGGUCUGGCCUCGUGUCUCUAAAGUCGCUGAUUGGCUAGUUCUUGCCAUUUAAUUAAAAAUAAAAUCAGAGGCAAUACAUAGGGUUGUUUUUAAUAAUAAUUUUCUGCU